UUCCCCCUCACUCUGGUAGUGCUGGCAGCAUCCAUCCACAGUACACACACUGUGCUGUCUGUGUUCCAGAGAGAAUAUAUCAGCUCUACACAGGGAGGAGAGGAUUAACUCAACAUCAGCUCAUCUGCAUAUUCCCAGGGAACACAUAAGCACCCAAGGCUUCUUCUCUUCUCUAUCCAACUCCAGCCAUCACAGGACUUGACACUCUCAUCGUUGGAGCACCGUUCAUCCCAACUCUCUCUGCUGUGAGAGGAUUUAAAGGAGGACACGUCUUUCUGCUUUUUGGAUUUUGCCAUUUUUGUGUUUCUUCGCUAAGUUUAGGCUUGUCAAAUUGGAGCAAUGCAAUUCACAUGACAUAGUUUAGACUAGUUCUAAGUAUCCCGGUUUUUCUUUUUCUCCUUCUCCAGGGGACCUCUGACUUUUUUGACUGCUCUAUAGGGCUUGCUGCUUGUUCAUCUGAUUUGGUCAACCUGAGUGUCAGAAUGCCAUCCAGGGAGUCUUACGAGGUCCGGAAGGGAGAGAAGUCUUUGGUGCACAAGGCAAAGCAGGAGGCCAACCAGCAGGACAUACUGGCUGCUGCUCUGGGGAUGAGGAUCUCAGGACCCCAGAAACCUCCAGCCACUAUCUGGCAGCCUCUCAAACUGUUUGCCUAUUCACAGCUCACCUCGCUGGUCCGCAAAGCCGCACUGAAGGAUAACAGCCUGCCGCCCAAGUACGAGAAAGUCCACAACUUCAAGGUCCACACGUUCCGGGGACCUCACUGGUGUGAAUACUGUGCCAACUUCAUGUGGGGGCUGACGGCUCAGGGAGUCAAAUGUGCAGAUUGUGGCCUGAAUGUCCACAAGCAGUGCUCCACUAUGGUACCCUGCAACUGCGUGCCAGACCUGAAACACAUCAAGAAAGUGUACAGCUGUGAGCUAACAACCCUGGUGAAAGCUCACAACACCAAGCGGCCCAUGGUGGUGGACAUGUGCAUACAGGAGAUUGAAUCGAGAGGACUGAAGUCUGAAGGGCUCUACAGAAUAUCUGGAUUCAGCGAUUCAGUCGAAGAUGUCAAGUUGACAUUUGACAGAGAUGGUGAGAAGACAGACAUCUCUGCCAAUGCCUAUGAAGAUAUCAACAUCAUCACGGGUGCACUUAAACUGUACCUCAGAGAUUUACCCAUUCCUGUCAUCUCCUACGACGCCUACCCCAGGUUUAUCGAGACUGCAAAGCUGGAAGACCCAGAGAAGCGGCUAAAGGCCUUCCGUGAGGCUCUGGAACUGCUGCCUGCAGCACACAGUGAAACCCUGAGGUACCUCAUGGCCCAUUUAAAGAGGGUAACGUUGAAUGAGAAGGAUAACCUGAUGAAUGCGGAGAACCUGGGCAUUAUUUUUGGGCCCACUCUCCUGCGUGCCCCCAACCUGGACGCCAUGACGGCACUCAACGACAUCCGCUACCAACCGCAGGUGGUGGAGUUCCUCAUCAAAAAUGAAGACAUCCUCUUCUGAAAAACAGACACAUCCAUCCUGCUAAGAUAAGGAAGACAUCCUCUUCUGAAAAACAGACACAUCCAUUCUGCUAAGAUAAGGAAGACAUCCUCUUCUGAAAAACAGACACAUCCAUCCUGCUAAGAUAAGGAAGACAUCCUCUUCUGAAAAACAGACACAUCCAUCCUGCUAAGAUAAGGAAGACAUCCUCUUCUGAUAACAGACACAUCCAUCCUGCUAAGAUAAGGAAGACAUCCUCUUCUGAAAAACAGACACAUCCAUUCUGCUAAGAUAAGGAAGACAUCCUCUUCUGAAAACCAGACACAUCCAUCCUGCUAAGAUAAGGAAGACAUCCUCUUCUGAUAACAGACACAUCCAUCCUGCUAAGAUAAGGAAGACAUCCUCUUCUGAAAAACAGACACAUCCAUCCUGCUAAGAUAAGGAAGACAUCCUCUUCUGAAAAACAGACACAUCCAUCCUGCUAAGAUAAGGAAGACAUCCUCUUCUGAUAACAGACACAUCCAUCCUGCUAAGAUAAGGAAGACAUCCUCUUCUGAAAAACAGACACAUCCAUUCUGCUAAGAUAAGGAAGACAUCCUCUUCUGAAAACCAGACACAUCCAUUCUGCUAAGAUAAGGAAGACAUCCUCUUCUGAAAAACAGACACAUCCAUCCUGCUAAGAUAAGGAAGACAUCCUCUUCUGAAAAACAGACACAUCCAUUCUGCUAAGAUAAGGAAGACAUCCUCUUCUGAUAACAGACACAUCCAUCCUGCUAAGAUAAGGAAGACAUCCUCUUCUGAAAAACAGACACAUCCAUUCUGCUAAGAUAAGGAAGACAUCCUCUUCUGAAAAACAGACACAUCCAUUCUGCUAAGAUAAGGAAGACAUCCUCUUCUGAAAAACAGACACAUCCAUCCUGCUAAGAUAAGGAAGACAUCCUCUUCUGAAAACAUACACAUCCAUCCUGCUAAGAUAAGGAAGACAUCCUCUUCUGAAAACAGACACAUCCAUUCUGCUAAGAUAAGGAAGACAUCCUCUUCUGAAAAACAGACACAUCCAUCCUGCUAAGAUAAGGAAGACAUCCUCUUCUGAAAAACAGACACAUCCAUCCUGCUAAGAUAAGGAAGACAUCCUCUUCUGAAAAACAGACACAUCCAUCCUGCUAAGAUAAGGAAGACAUCCUCUUCUGAAAAACAGACACAUCCAUCCUGCUAAGAUAAGGAAGACAUCCUCUUCUGAAAAACAGACACAUCCAUUCUGCUAAGAUAAGGAAGACAUCCUCUUCUGAAAAACAGACACAUCCAUCCUGCUAAGAUAAGGAAGACAUCCUCUUCUGAAAAACAGACACAUCCAUCCUGCUAAGAUAAGGAAGACAUCCUCUUCUGAAAAACAGACACAUCCAUCCUGCUAAGAUAAGGAAGGAAAGAGACAGAUUUUUUUGUAAAACAGCUUGAUGCUGGCUAAACACUUUUUUGUGCAAAGACUUGAAGGAACUUUUCUAUUGCAUUUGUAUUACAUAUGAAUCUUUGUAAUUACAUUUGUGAUACAUCCAUUUCCACUCCCAGUUAAGCAGUCCUGAACCUUACUUUCUCUUCCCCUGUAAUGGGUGUGGAUGGUGAUGUACCUUAAACUUGCAUGUCUGUCUCCCCAUUUUUGUCGGGGCUUGUGUAGAACACUGAUGGACCAGACUUGGCCGUGUCUUUAUUUUGUGUAGCUUUGUAGCGGUAACCUCGCAUGCGAUAAAUAUUGUGAAACAUUAACCAGGUUUCCAUCCAACCUUUUAAUGCGUGUAACGUACAUGUCGGAUAAAACAUUUAAUGACAGGCCUGAUGGAAACAGAUCAUUUUGUCGGUAAACUUGCCAAAUGUCAACAAAACAAAAUACGCUAGACAAGGUGGGACCUUUUCGUGUCGGUAAAAUUAAUUACGUGAGAAAUGUUGGUGGAAACAAUUUUAUGCGCAAAUAUUGAUAUAAUAACCAUCAUAUCGAAGUAAACUUGGAGUGGUUGUGUGGUCCUCCCACUAAAGUUGUGUGGUCCUCCCACUAUGACUCGUAGGGAAAGCAUGCAGGUAUCUUUAUGUGCAAUACAUCAUCACACACAGACUUUUAUCCACAAGUCAAUUUGAUGGAAAAACAUCUCUGGUGGGAAAAUGCUCAUAUUGUUUUUAUACAUAUUUUAGCAUAUUCACAUGAAAAUAUAUCACCAGUUGGAUGGAAAUCUAGCUAUAGUUACUCUGCUAUUAUUUGUCAUGUAGAUUUACAGGAUUCUCCUGCCAGUUGCCCAAUAGGCAAUUGUUUUUGUGAAGCAUUGUAUACCUGGAUGUGAAAUAGACUACUGUAUCUUCUCUGAACCUUUGUAAUUAUCUUUGACUGAUUCGGUCUUUUUUGCCUUUUCAGCUGUUUUAGAAGUAUUUUUUAGGGGAAAUGCAAAGCCUCUUUCAAUCAGAAAACAAUCAGUGUACCUUUAAAUGGUCUUUUACAUUUGCCUGACAGUCAAAACUGUGUUCAAACUGUUACCUUUGUGCAUUUAAUGUUUGUUCUUCUUAAAAAUAUUUUUGUACUUAAUUUGCGCAUGUAAAUUAUAAUUUAUUAAACCUUGCUUGCUGAAAAUGAA